AUGGGACAUAUUCUGGUGCCUUCCACGAAGCACAAUUAUGCCACCAUAGAUUUUUGGGGAGCACUUGCAAAUCCGGAGAACAUUCAACAAUUUAAUUGGUGUGAGUAUGUACUCAGCUGUCUGACGGAUUCGGUUACCAAAUUGCAAAAAGAUUUGGUGAUGAAUGUUCAGACUAUCAACCUCACUGGCUGUCACUUGUUUCUUCAGGUUUUCUUCCUUGAUAACCUUGAACUUGGUAUUUUCACGACAAAACAUGAUGUUUUCCCGAGGAUCAGUGCCUUUGACAGGGCCACACUUAGACGAAUGAUCACCAUGGCCACGGACAUUGGCAAGUCGCCAAGCACCUACACUAGUGCCAUGCUUAGGGAUCCUCAUGGGCUUUGCUACACGAGAUCAAAUUUUAUGUCCUCGGUUGGUAACUUACGAGACGCGGAAUACGGGCCUAAUUGGAGUACACCACCUCAAUGUUCCACUAGGGCUGCAAUCGACCCUUCGAUGCGAACCCCUGCUGCACUGAGCAUUCCUGGUCGACGUCUAGAUAUGACAGCCAUGGCAGAUACGAACCCCUCCCCAAGCCCUAACUACCGAUCCAAGCGCGCCGCUAGUGAUCCACUUCUCGUUGAUUCAUGUAGACCAAAGAGGGACCAUGGUUCUAGCACAACUUAUUCAGUUCGCCUUUCUGAGUACGCUUCGUCAGUUAGCAGCGUUGUCUUGGAGAUUUUCAUGGAAGAAAACCCAGAUCGUCCAUACAUGAGCUUUCCUCACAUAUUGGACAAUGGCUUGGCGGUGUUAGUUCUUGCUGGUAUGGAUUUCAUCCACCUGAUCCAAAUACAAGAGCAGUUUGUUGGACAACACAUUCUCUACCCCCUGCACACUUGCCAGAACUUUUAUGUUCCAGUGCCAACACCACAUGGCUGGUCACUCUAUUUAUGGGACAUGGUUGCAACUGAAGUACAUGUACUAGACCCUCUCUCUGGUCCUAGUGGGUGCACUCCCGAAGUUCGAGCUAUGCACGAAGCUGCAGUCUCCAUAUUGCACGACGGUUUGUUCAAGUGUAUAUCAGAGUUUUUCUCGGGAUGGCCUAUUUCAUACUGUAGGGAAGAUUCUGCAGUAUGUGUCCUUCAUCUUCUUCGAUUCUACAAUGGCAGCAAGGGAACCGUGCCACUAACUAAGAACAAUAUUGACAGGAUGCGCCUUCAUUUAUUCCAUGAAACCUUCAAGUUACAAGGCAACAAAUCUUCUGUGCCACCAGACGUGAUGUGGAACAUCUUAGCGCCUGACGACAUAGCUGAUGAAACAUCCGUAGUUGCAACUUAA